GGCAGUGGUGGGCAGUGGCAGGCCUCGCUGGCUGGCACAAAUCUUUUUCAGACUGAACACUGAACUAUGAAACUAACAUGGAAACUCAGCUGAAAUUUGCGAAAGUCUCAGAAAAAAAAGAGAUUGUUUUUGUUUAUCAUUUCAGCUGUGAAGUCUUAAAAAGUAAUCGAGCUGUAAUGGCUGAUUCAAGACUGAAUAUUAGGAGACAGUACUGAUUAUAGUGGAGGCUUGAGUGCAUCGAGGUCCCCCUCAACGAUGGCUAAACAGUGGAGGGAGACUAGUUUCCUGGCUCGUCCUCCAGGGCUAGGGUGGCAGGUGCCUGUGGAUGUCGCCCUUGAAAGAUCCGAGGAACAGCUUGGGUUUACCCUUGAGUAUGAAAAUUUUAAGACAGCCUCGGAUGGAGAUGGAGACGUGAGCGCUUCUGACUCCAGCGGAGACUAUGACUCUCCCGAUGAAGCAGAGAUCACUGUUGUAGAGGCCAGGAAAGAACCGGAAUAUGGCGCCUUGGACAAGAACGCCAGGGAGACCUUGGCGUCCAUACAGCGAGAUCUGUUUGCUAUGCAGAGAGAGACCAGUGCUAUUAAGAAGCUAUUGGCAGCCCCUUCUGCACGACCCAGGAAGCUACACGACGUAGGAAGAGGAAGAAGUGAGGGGGAGGAAGCGGAACAGUGGCAGGAGGAGGCGGUGAUGGUGGCUGAGGGACAGAGAGGUGCCAGAACUGUAUACAGAACGGGGAUUACUUCUACCACAAGUCACGUGGUUUACCACGAGGAGUUCUCCGAGGAGAUUGUUACCCAGAGGCAGCCAGCUGAAGAGAACUCAAGUCAGGGAAGGAAUGAUCUGGCACAGGAGACCAGUAGCGAGGCAGCCCCUGAAGACUGGGAACAGCGUGGUCGUUCCUCGCGCUCUUCGUAUCGUAACAUGAUCGAAGCUAUGGACGAUACCGAACCAGAGGGCGAAGACGAUCUCUCCCAAUUCUCGGUCGACGCUGCGGACGGUCACAACCUUUCCCUCGACUCGUCUGUCUCAUGUACUGCCUUGGGCACCGAUGGCCUCAAUGUUACUACCGUAGAUAUUGAGCACCAUUCUUUCUCGUCAUCAGAGGCCCUCCUUGACAUCUCAUCAGCAGAGCUCCUGUAUGAUAUCUCAUCAACAGAGGCCCUCGACGAUGUCUCUCCAACAGAGUUCUGGCUGGAUGCCUCUUCAACAGAGGUUCUCCACGAUUCUCCAGACCAAGAUGUCCAAGCUUCGCAGAUCACAACCACAGGGAGGACACCUGACUCCUCGAUAGAGACGAAGAAUGUAAUCACCGCUGAUUACGAGGUCUUGGGCAGUCUUCAGGCUGAAAUAGACUUGGAGACGGUAGUGAAGCCUUAUCUGGAGACUGAUCUUGACAGCAUCUUCCUCAGUUCCCCACUGAAUCAGUCCAGUGACCGACUACCCUCGCUGACGAUGACGUCUGAGGAACCAACUUCGAUUCCUGAGGAACUUUUGGGGUCCAAGAAGUAUUUGAAAGGUUCAUCACAGGACUCCACUGCGAAAUUCUUGACGUCAAGGGAACAAGAAGUUGAAGUACUGACGCCAAAGAAUUCAACCUUGGCACUAAAGGAACCAGAAUUGAAGGUCAUUUCAAAAGAACCAAAAAUUUUAGCUUUGACACCAAAGAAACAAGAAGGAAAAGUGAUGACAGCAAAGAAUAUAGUCACAAGUGAUGCAGCAGCAAUGGUACUGCCAGAAGUGGAGGCUCCAGCACCAAAGGUACUGCCAGAAGUGGAGGCUCCAGCACCAAAGGUACUACCAGAAGUGGAGGCUCCUGCACCAAAGGUACUGCCAGAAGUGGAGGCUCCAGCACCAAAGGUACUGCCAGGAGUGGAGGCUCCAGCACCAAAAGUACUGCCAGAAGUGGAGGCUCCAGCACCAAAGGUACUGCCAGAAGUGGAGGCUCCAGCACCAAAGGUACUUCCAGAAUUGGAAGUUCCAGAACUAAAGGUACUUCCAGAAGUGGAAGGUCUGGAACCAAAGGUACUAACAGAAGUGGAAGUUCCAAAACCAAAGGUACUUUCAGGAGUGGAAGUUCCAGCACCAAAGGUACUUCCAGAAGUGGAAAUCACAGCAUUAAAUGUACUUCCGGAAGUGGAAGCUCCAGAACCAAAGGUACUUGCAGAAGUGGAAGUUACAAAACCAAAGGCACUUAAAGAAGUGGAAGUUCCAGAAGUGGAAAUUCCAGCACCAAAGGUAUUUCCAGGAGUGGGAGUUCCAACACCAAAGGUACUUCCAGAAGCAGAAGUUCCAGCACCAAAGGUACUUUCAGAAGUGAAAGUUCCAGAACCAAAGGUGCUGCCAAAAGUGAAAGUUUCAGAAGUGAAAGUUCCAGAACAAAGGGUACUGCCAGAAGUAGAAGUUCCAACACCAAAGACACUAGCAGAAGUAGAAGUUUCAGAACCAAAGGUAGUUCCAGAAGUGAAAAUUCCAGAACCAAGGCUACUUCCGGAAGUGAAAGUUCCGCUACCAAAGGUACUUCCAGAAACGGAAGUUCCAGCACCACAGGUAAUUCCAGAAAUAGAAGUUCCAGCACCACAGGUAAUUCCAGAAAUAGAAGUUCCAACGCCAAAUGCACUUCCAGAAGCGGAAGUUCCAACACCAACGGUACUUCCAGAAAUGGAAAUUCCAGCACCAAAGGUACUUCUAGAAGUGGAAGUUCCAGAACCAAAGGUACUUCCAGAAGUGGAAGUUCUAGCACCAAAUGUACUUCCAGAAGUGGAAAUUUCGGAAAGAAAGGUACUUCCAGAAGUGGAAGUUCCAGCACCAAAGGUACUUCCAGAAGUGAAAGUUUUAUCAGCUGAAGAAUUACGGAAAGAUGCUUUAAAAUUAGAAAACGCCAGUGGGGGCAUUUUGCCAGUGGAAGAACCAGAGGUGGAAAUUAUGCCACCAGAGAAAUUGAGGUCAGAAAUUUCGCCAGUGGAAGAAAUGAAGGUUAAAAUCUUACCCUCGAAAGAUCACGGAGGAAGGUCAGUAAGGAAGAGAGGUGUGUCCUCCAGAUCAAGGACUGGUAGCGUUACCAGACCUUCCUGUCCUCCCCCUCCGCCUCCGAUAACACCUCCGGCUGUUUACAGUGGUGUGUCGUAUCCUUACAACACAGUCUCUUCUAACAGCAUGGUUGUGUCUCCUCACAGCACGAUGUCUUCUCCUCGCAGCACUAUGUCUUCUCCUCACAGCACAAUUUCAGCUGCUAGUACGGUAUUGUCCCAGAGCAGUCUCUCGUCUCCUCUCAGCCCUGGGUCAUCUCGGAGCAUCACUCAACCUUUAGCACAGGAUGCCAAGUUCACACCAGAGCCACCUUCAUCACCUUUGCUGGAGUCUUCGUCCAGACGGCCUGUGGGAGUGCCUUUGUCUGAGGCACCAAUAGAGGAGCCGACGUCUACUUCACCAGUACCUAGAUCUCCAAGUCUCUCGGAAUCACAAGAGCCUUUGAUUGAAUCACCGGUAUCAGAGUCACCAGCCAAUUCGGAAGUGUUCGAGUCGCCGCCUAGCUCGCCAUCUCUGUUGAUACCCUUAGAAUCAAGCUCUCCGGCUCCCAAAGAAGCUGACUUCUCAAUACCAUCAUUGAGAGUGCCUGAAGUGCCCAUCAAACUUCGCAUGAAGCAGCAGCAGAAGGAGGAGAUUGAUUAUUUUGACGAUGAUAUCAUCGAAAUGAGAGUCAAGGCGAGGUUGUCUCACAUUUUCGAAGAGUUGGAGAAGAUGGAGGUUCCUCAUGUACCUCCACCACCAUCACGUUUCCCUCCUCCAACGCCGCCAGAACGAACCUCUUCGUUACGUUACUUGGACCACCUCUGCGAAGCAACCUCGACACCGAGGGCGGAAGUGUCUUUGGCGCAACUCACGGAAGCAUCUUCAUCACGAGUACAAGAAACUUUCCUAUACAGCCUCCAGAGCCUUCUCCAAAAGAACCUUUGA